CAUGUCGCCAUUCUUCAGAGGUGCUGUUGCAGAAGAUUCAGAAGGUUCAGGGCCGGGCACACUCGCCAUGUUCCGCAACAAGGUCCUCGUGCGCGCUGUCCCCGUCACCUCAUCCUCCGCCCCGUCGCCGCCGUUCCUCCUCCGGCAGGUCUCCUUCUCCGCCGCAGUUCCAUCCCUCGACCUCGACAUCCUCUGCUGCAGGCUGUCCCGCCGCCACCGUCUCGCGUGCCUCCCCCAGUCCCCAGCCGACGCCCUCGUGGUCUACCAGAGAUGCCAGUCCCACGCGGCCGCCCAGGUGGCCUCCGAGAUCGCGGCUGCCUUCACAGGCUCCUCGGUUGGCGAGGAGGAGGAGGUGGUGUGCUCAGGCGCGCUGGUUGCAAAAGCGGUUGAGUGUGGACUGCGAUGUCUGAUGCUUGAGCGUGGAUGGAGCUUUGUCGGGGACAGCAUAUACGCCCAGUCGAUGUUUGCAGCGAGCGAGGAGAGGACUGAUCUCUGCGUGUUGAAUGUGGAAGUCAGAUCUGGACUAAAUGAUGAUUAUGAGUUUGUUGUCUCACCUGAUGCAUUUCGCUUUACUACACUUGAGAUCUCAGAUGUUGCUAGCUCCAAUGUGAUGGAAACGUUCCAACAUAUUAAGGAAGUAAGCUUGGAUGGUUAUAACCUCCAGACAGCUUGUGCAAUUCUUCCAACAUUACAAGAAGGCCAUGUGAUUGGUUUUAGUGAACUACCUCCUUCUGGACAGAUCUUGGACAGCUUUACAGAGCUUUGCUCAGUUAAGCAUGGUCUGGAGAUGAACUACAGUUACCAUGCAGCAGUUAAACUAACAUGCGGAGCUUCCUGCGAGAAUCAAUGGUUGCCUUCUCCAUUUGUCCUCCAAGGUCCGGGGCUUCAGCCUGCCCCAAAAUCUGUUAGAGCAUCAAAGGCAAUGUCUUCCAUGCGGUCCUUUAUAGAAUUGUUGAAAGCUUGGAAUUUCUUUGGUCAGAGCCAACUAGUAAUCAAGGAACAACUGGUAGUUAACUGCACGGCUACUCUGCCUACUUGGGAUAAAGCCACAAGUAAACUGGCAAUGCACACUGCAAGAACCGAAAAUUCAGAGGAUCUUCGUUUAGUUCGUCCAAGUUUUAUGGCCAAAGACCAAUCAUUGACUUUAGACUUCCGCACCCCAAAACCAGCUGUCUUUUGCUCUUUGGCUGCCAAAUUGUGCAAUACCAAAGUUGAGAUAGCUCAGUCUUUGGAUGAUGCUGGCACUGGCGAUGACACACAUUCCAUCAAGCAUGGUUGUCAAUCACAGUCUGUUGUCCUAACCAGUUCAUUCAAAUCGCAAAUAACAUUAUUGAAGCCUUCAUUUAGCAGAAGUAAACGAGCAGAUAAAAACAAAACAAGCUGUUCUUCUGAACAAUCUGAUGCUGAUAGUUCAAACAGAUCGAGUGAAACCAGCCUACCAAAAUCAUCACUUGGAAGUUUUCCUAAAGCAAGCCAUGCUAAUCCUGUCGAUUCAUCAAGUGCAAGUCUUCUCAAGGAAGUCAUUCAGACUUCUGGGAAUCCUAAAAGGAACCAUGCAGAGAUUCUAGAAAACAGUGGUGAAGGAGGAACUGUAAAAGUGCACCAAAAGGAUUGUUGUGAAAAGAGGAGCUUGGAUACGAGGAAGAUAUGUCAAUGCCCUUUAUUUAUUUUUCUCAUAUUAUUUGCUAUUAAAGAUUAUGCACCUAAUGUCCCGCAAGACACAGCAUCAGUACUAGAUAUUCAGAAGGAUGUGUUCAGAACAAAAGUAAAACCGACAAAAUCGAAGUCUAUGGUUGGCAAGAAUGAGAUAACUGCUGCUACAACAUCGAAAAGAAAGCCAGAAGUUGUCAAAGACGAGCUAACCAAAAAGGCAAUAGAUCAUCAAAAGGAUGUUACUAAAAAGGUGACAAAGGCAAAGCCAGGAAGUGUUAAGGAUGAGUCAACUUCAACAACAAAGACAAAAACAAAGCCAGAUGUUGACAAGGAUGAGUUAACUGCGAAGGUGAUAGAUCAUCAUAAGCGAGGUGAGCUGCGUCUGCUUACAGUUGCCGAUCUAAAGUGCUUUCUCAGUGCAAAAAAGGCAAAAGUUGGAGGUUCAAAGGAAGUGCUUAUCCAAAGAGCAACUGAACUCCUUUCUUGACAUAGGACAGCGCAACAACUUAUGGGAGCUACAUGCUACACAUAGUCGCCCGCACCAACCACGGAAACUGGUUUGGCCCUACAUUCUCGCUGGUACCACAACCGACCAUGGCUAGUAAAUCACAGAUAAUAUCUGAAUGAUAACAAACAGUUGUUGCUCCUCUAGGAGGGGAAAAUGGUGCUUGAUCAAGAUAAUGGUUUUCCGUGGACCAGUUCAAUUAUUUACAUAAUUAAUCUGUAGAAUUGUUGAUAUCAUAGUGAUGUUGCAUAUGCAUUGAUUAAGAUGGACGGCACCUAUUUCUGAGGUUUGCUAGUUACUGGUGCUCAUCACUGUCCAGCACACGUGGGAAUUUGAUAAAGAGAUGCAAACAAAGACACUAUCGGGCAUGGUGGACCAUGCGUAGAAUGUUCACUCAAAAUUCCAGUGAGGAUCUUGUACUUACUAGUUUUGGUGUCUUUACCGAGAUUCCAGACAACCAUCAGAACAUGUGUGUCAAGU